GUUCGUGCAAUGACUGUUGAACUUUAUCUGUUUUACGUAAGUUUCUACUCGUUGUAAGCCAAGGGUCAUACAUAAUAUUGUUGCUCCAAAUCCACGGACUUGCAAGUUUGAUUAGACUUCACUCCGUACAAGAAGGAUAGCGGACAUCUCGUAAAUGUUUAUUAUCUGCUUAAACUCUAGUGCAUUAUAGGAAAGGCGGUGAGAUAAUUCUUGAGCUCGGGUUUUUGAUGUUAUAUAAAACACUAUAGUUGCAAAGUUUGUAUUAUUAUUUAAUGGUAAUACAUAAUUAUUUUAUGACUUUGUUGCCGGUUCAUAAAACAUAACAUUGAGGUCAAUUAUAGAGAUAUUGAUUUCAAUGUAAUAUUUUUUUAUUUCAAUUAAAUUUCGAGACGAGCUAGCAACUCACGUGGUUGUAAGCGAUAUAAAUACCCAUUAACAGUAUUUAUUGGUGUGUACCAAUCGAAUGUUGAAUAAAAAAAAUAUUGUUCAAAUGUGAUUUAUUUAUAAAUGUUAUAAAAUGUGAUGAAUUUAAGACCUUAGUUCUCGGGUAAUGAUUUCGUCCCAGUUCGAGUUUCCAGAACAUCAACAGCGCAUGAACUCAUUAUACACUCGUGAGCAGUUCAUAGACGGGUGAGUAGGUUCGCUCACGGUCCACCAACCGCUUUCAAAGUACGCCCGACCCAACCUUGCCUUCACGGGUUUUUAGUUGCACAGGUACCUAAUAUCAAUAAUUAUCACAAGAAACUGCCAACCAUAUGUUUGUAUUUUCGCCGGCUGACACAAUAUGAACCCAAUAUUGUGCCAAUAUGGAGCAAUAACCAAAACUGACUGUUUUACCCUUUGUAAAAUACCAUGAAAACUACUUAAUUUUAUCCUAUAUGACGAUCUAAUUAACUUUCAAAAUUAAGAUACAGACUUGUAAAUUUUGAAUACUCCUAGAAUGGUAAAUACGGCACGCAUAUAUACUAAAAUAAUAUAUUAAUUAUGUGUCGAACGUAUAGAUACAAUAGUUUUUUUUUUUUUUACUAAUCCUAAAACAUACAUAACAUUGAAAUGAAAUUCUACCCACUUUAGGUACACCACUUUAAUUAAAGUUUAAAGAUGAAGUACCUAAUUUAAAUCACUCAGUUUAAUUAUAAUACCAAUAUUUUUUAUUUUUCAUCCUGAUUAAAACUUUUCAAAACCCAUAACAUUUUACAACGAUCCUUUCCAACCAAUGACAAAAUGUCAUUUUUACGUAUUUUAAGCUUUAUCUAUAUUUUAUGAUGAUUUACUAUAAUUUUUUAAAAAUAUUUUUAUUUUGUCUACAACUUGUGGUUUUUUAUAUAAUAUUUAUAGUUAUAAAGAGUAAUCGUUUCAAAAAUGUUUGGUCGAAAUUCUGGUGAGGAUGAUGAUGAGCCACUAGGUGGAGUUUAUGAAAACGGACACUGGGUCUGGGACGAUAAAACAGACGAACUUAAAUUUAUAAGCAACAUCUCUUUAGACGAAAGUUCUGUCGCGUCACCUUUACCUCAAGUUUUCAAAUCGAUUGAAUUUAAAGAUGACCUAGAUCUAAUUGAACAGCAAAGAUUCAGAAAAAAGUAUCAAAGAAAAUAUGGAGCAGAUGACGUUGUUACAUUACAGGACGUCAAAGAUGUCGUGCUCUUCACAGCCCCGGUAAAGAUACUAACUCCAGCUGUGAUAAACAUUCUUCAUCUUCAAAUGACGGAUCGAUUCCUACGAGCAUUAAUUUUAUAUUGUCAAUAUUAUCUACAGAUUUGUGAUGAAAUGGCCAAACGGUGUUGCGAAAAUGGAAUUAAAAUUCGUACUGCUGCAUCUCAAAAAAUUGAGAUUGAUUUUCGUGAAAAUUUAGAGGAUCUUCGUCUUCUUGUUGCAAAGGAAUACUGUUCCAUAAUUAUGGGUGGCGGGGAAUUCGCUGCAUAUCAUCACAUGGGUUUGUCAAAGAAAUUGCGUUCGUUAUCCAAACGGGACAGUGUUUUAUUCGAAACUAUUCUUCGUAUAAGUAUCCAGAUAGUUUGGCUCACUCUCGGUCGUAAAUCGUUUAAUCAAAUUGAACUAGAAAUCCACAGGAUAUUCAAAUCGCAAAUUUUUAAUGUGGUUGAACACAGAUUGAACACUAAAUUUGAAGCUAAUAUGAGUCCAGAAGAACGCUUUGUCCUGUUGGGUCAUUGUGUCCAUCAAGAAAGCAAACUAAAAGCAACUUCACCUUUGCUUAACGAAACAAAGUGUGCUCGAAACGUUGAUUAUCGCAUUUUUGGACUUGGAAUCAUAAAAUAUUCGCAGUUACCGCAACGUCUUCGAUACUUGGAGCGAAUACUAAUUUCACCCGAGAUUAUGUUCCCGGACUUAGGGUUUUCCCUAGGGAUCAUAGGCAUGCCGCGAUGUCAGUUCGAUACCAUGCUAAGGGAGAUAAAAAUCCCCCACUCAACUGCUAGCUCCUCCACAGCCAGCUUUCGACAUUCCGUUGCUAGAAUGGGUUCGAGGACAUCUCGAUCCAGUGCAUCUGGUGCACAGAAGAGUAUAGCUGGUGCCUUACAACAAAAUAUUUUUAAGGACAUCACGCUACCCGAGUCGGAAAAACAAGAAACUUUACCUGCACAAUUUCCCACAGAAGCAUAUCCAAGGAUAUCUAAUAACGAAUGGCAAAGACACAAGUGGCUAAAUCGGUCGUCACGAAUAAAUAUAAAAAAUAAACGAAAGAACAAAGAUUAUUGAUUACUGGCAAUAAAAGUUAUAUUCAUAAA